GAUGUUCAAAAUAAAAAUGUUUUAUAAUGAUUUAUAGAGUAGAGUAAGCGCAGCCUAUUGGUGAUUACAUUAUUUUUAGAAGGCCAUCCGGCCAUGCUAUUUGGUGAAUGGUUGUGUAGGCCUAGUUGAUUCUGGGAGAAUAGUAUAGAAAGAAGAAGAACUGGUGCUGAGUAGUGAAAAUGGAAGACUUUAAAGCAAAUGCCCGAAGUAAUGUAGUUGCUAAGAUUCUAAAGGAGCGAGAAAAGCGGCCAGGCCAACUGGAUUCUGAAACAAAGGCACAAUUUUUUUGGAGGAAACUACGAGAGUCCAUUCGAAACACUGUUCGGGAAGUGACAAAAUCUGAUGCAAAAGAAGUUGAAGUUAUUCACGGGGUUCAUCAUCUAAGAAAGAUCAAUCAUACAAACAAAUUGCAGCAUGUCUUCUUCAACUCUGAGACACAGGAGUACCUAACGAUUGAUUGUAAUGGGAUUAACCUUUUCUAUGCUGAUGGCCGCGGCAAAGACUGCAUUGUUCCAGAGGAGCCUGUGAACCAUAUAAUCUACGCAAAAGAAGUGAAUCGUUAUGUAGGGUGGGAAACAGGAGGUCUCUAUGUUAGGAAUUUCGCUAGUGAUUUCGAGCUGAUUUCAGAAGCCAAGUCGCCAUUUAAGAUUUUUUGUGGUCUGUACAACCAGUGGCAGACGGAAUUCAUCACAGCGGGGGAAGGUCAUGUCAUGUGCUGGAAUUUCCGCUAUGGUGCCAAACACCUUAUUUAUCGUAAGAUAGCCAAGCAGGACCUGACAGCACAGGAUAGGUUUACGUUACUUGCGCUGGAAGACACAGCCAGUCGUGCUCAACGUUGCUUUGCUGUCUGUAACACAGGAGUAGCGGUAUUUAACCUCUUUGAGGGGGCAUUGCAAUCGUACAAGAAAGAUCUUCACGCUCGCGCUAUAUCAAGCCUGUUGUUUUUCAACCCUUUAAAGUACUUGAUAACAGCAGCUCUAGAUGGGUCCAUUAAAGUGUGGGAUGAAAAUUGGCAUCUUCAGCUAGUGUUUGUUGGUCAUGGCACUGUGGUCACUGCACUGGCUGUGUAUCCAUACGGUCCCAACAUCAUAUCUGCCUCGGAAGAUUGCACACUGAGGGUAUGGAGUCUUGAGACCUGUGAUGAAGUGGAUUUGAUCAAAACAGAUGAGCCUGUUGUAGGCUUGGGCAGCAUAUUGAAAAAUGAUUGUCUUUACUCAUACUCAGAACAGACUGUGGAUUUGUGGAAACUAAGGCAUUUACAUACUUUGUACACAACAACUGGGAGUAAGGUUGACCGCAUAAAAGUUACUUCUCAGCCACAGGUAGCAAGAAAGGUGGUCUGUAUUUGUCGAGAUUCAACUGUCAGGAUCGUUACGCCCGGAAGUGGUGAUGUCAUCACAUCCUUCAUAGCAGCCAAGCAGAACGGCAUAUCAGAUGCUGUCCUUGCAGCAGCUAAUGGCACAAUGUUUGUGAACCUUACUAAUGGCGCUGUGAUCAAGACAGAUACCUCAACUAAUCCAUGCACCAUACAAGCGGUAUGGAAUCCACACGGAAAAAAGAAAGGCGAAUUUCUAAACUGUAUUUGCCUGUAUGAGUAUGCAAUAGAAUCCAAGAUGAGAGAGGAUACGUGGAAAGGAAUAUUGAAGACACUGACUGCAUCCAACAUGGCAUCGCCAACGAACCAGUUGAAGUCUGUUGACCAGACACUUCUUAUAGGUGGAAGAAAGGAUGGCUACAUAGCUGUUCUGGAUUGGGAGUCGAUGAAAGUCCGAUUUAAGAUCGAUGCUCAUGGUUCUGGUGGGGUGCUUGGCCUUGUUGCAAAUCCUGAAAAUGACCAACUCAUUUCAGCUGGCCUAGACAAUGUGAUUAAGGUGUGGAGAGUUUUUCCAUUUGCUGAGGAGGCCUUAGCACCAUUGAUGUCUUUCUACUGUUCACACCUGCCACACCAUAUGACAGUCAUGAAGUCGACGUUGUGCGUUGCAUUUCAGGACAAUUCCUCGGCUACCUUCAGCAUUGUCCACUACAACCUUAAUAAUAAAAGCCGUUUUGAUCAUAGUCCUGAUGAUGAUCAUAUUGAUGCAAUUACUGGCAUCUGCUGCUGUCCGAGAAUGAAGCUGUUUGCAUCUUCCAGCUUGGACACCACCAUCAGAAUCUGGGAUGAACGAAAUAGACUCAUCAGAAUUGUGCGAUUAAAUGCUGAACCAUUAAGCAUAAACUUCUUCAGUGAGCGUGCAGACUUAAUGAUAGGAAUUGGCAAGCACCUGCACCGUAUGGAUCAUAGCGCAUACCUUCCAAGGAAUUACCUGUUUAAAAUGGUAUCUAUGGCAUUCCCUGCAAUACCAACAGAACCAGUAAUUCCCUAUGAUGAGGCUGUGGUACAAACACUUAACCCUACGGACAAAAAGAGACUAAAAUCUGCACAUUCAUCUUUAUUCAGAUUUGAAAGUUUUGUUGACAAACUGACCGAAGAAGAAAGUGAAGAAAUAGUUAAAGAGAAAGAAGAAAAGGAAAAGGCGUACUCUGUGCUUGCUGCAAGAGAAAUAGAAUUAAAGAAAAUACGUGAUGGUGAACUGUCUAGCAAGAGGAAGCCAGCACCCCCACCUGGAACUAAGGAAAGGGCAUUUCAUCGCUACUGGCAAAUGAUACACAAUGAAAAACAUGUAGAGAAGAUAUCUGAAGAAGAUGACUUCACCCCGGAACCGAUUAAGAAACGUGCUCAGCCAGAACCCAAGUGGGAUUCAGAAUUUGAGCCAGCAGGGUUUUUCCCACACCAUUCCGUAUGCAAACCUGUUGUACCUGAAUCAAACGAUGACGGCUCUGAGUCUCCAGCGAAGAGGGAGACUCCAUAUCCGAUACAUCCAAUGGGAUUCAUUCCAAAUUCUGUAUUGGUUCGACUUUUGUGGCCUCCGGAGGUGACACAGAAGGCCGCUGAGGAUAGGUACAAGCCUCCUGCAUUGACUGAUGAACAACUUGCUGAAAUAGCAGGCAAAAAGCGGACACCAAAAGAGGAACCAGUGACUCCAGAUGAGGAACCUGAAAAAUCAACGACUCGCUCCAGUUUCUUAGAUCAGUUUGAUUUUGACAUUACAAAGAGCACUACACCUAAAGAUCUAGAUGAGGAGUUAGAAUACACUCCACCACCAACACCACCUGUAGCUCCGAGCCCGCAGCCUAUCGCAGAGUCUCCAAAAACACCCACCAAGCCUAGAGAAAUCAAGCCUUUAAAAAAGAUUGAGAAACUUGUACCACCGAAGCCGAGGACACCUUCACCCCCACCUCUACCAACACCGUCGCCACCAAGACCACCGACACCGCUGCCUAGUUUUAUCACCCAGUUUAAAGGAUCUGAGUGGUUUGAGCAAUACUUUCCUAAUGCCAAUGUUAAUUCUUUUCCGAAACCAUGGACCAUCGUGAAUUUCGUGACAAUGCUUUUGAAGUUGGUUAAGAUUGCUGAUUAUGGGAUGAAGAACCGAAUAACGGAAGCAAUCAGUCUUCUGAACCAGCAAGAGCAACUGUCAAAUUCAAGAGCAGUAUAUGAAACCAUAAUAAGCACGUUAAACAAGGGUAAUGGACCAUCAUGCACAGAUGAAGAGCAAAAGAUGUUUAUUAUGAAUUCCCUGAAACUGUUGUCUGCUAUGUGUAUCUAUGAGAAGGACUUCCUCAUUGAGGCAAUGGUGCAGUUCCUGGAUGGUGAUAGAGAAGUCAGAGAACUUGUUCAUGAUAUGCUUAUCUUGAUUGGUCUGCAAGACACACACAAUUAUUUCUUCCGAGAACUUGACAGCUGGGAUGUUUGGAACUUGGAGGAGGAAAAUCGUAAGAAAGACCUCACAGCUAUGUGCAAGCUGUGGGUGGAUAAGUGGACUACCUUGUUCAAGAAUCAUUUGAAAAAAACACUGGAGAACCUCAAGAAAGGAAAAGUAUCAGGUAAGAUACAAAGGCGUCCAGGAGGACGAACCUCUGGUGGCAGUAGUGGCAGCCGGCCAACGCCCUCAGACUCGCCGACCAAGAGCAUCCUCAAGAAGGGGGAGAAGGCUGAUGGUUCAUCACCUCAUUCGUUGGACUUGGGAAUGAAAGGUAGCUACAGCCCAGGUGAAAGUCCUGAUGAGGCUGCCAGACCAUUGACAGUGACAUUUGACAUGGCUCCUGGUGAUACAGCCAUCAACAGCAUUGAACCGAUUGAGGUUGUCAACUACUUUGUGGAGAUGGAACUUGAGAAGCAUUUAGAACAGUUGAGGCAACAGCAGUACGCUGCGCAAGCUGCUCAAAAGACUGACGGAAAUAAGAACACGAUACUCGUACUGCCCAAGAUACGAAGUGGAUCAGGGUUGUCUUUGACUCAGCAGAGGGAGGAUUUUGACUCAUCAGCUGUCAAUAUAGAAGAAAGCAGAGAGAACUUUGAAAACUUAGGAGGUGUUCAAAUUGGAAGAACGCCCUCCGCUGAGCAAAAGACAUCCAGGGACUUGUUUGAGGAGCUCCAAAGACAGCGUCAAUCGAAGAAAACUAAAGUAAAGCUUGAGAGGAACAUGAGAAAAAGACAGCAGAGGGAACGUGUGAACCGGCCUACCAUGUUCUACGAUGGAGACAGCAAACCAAGCUUAGUGCGACUUGGUGAAACACAUACAAGCAAAUGCCGGCCAAAGAGAGAAACAGCACUAACUGUUGAUCUUCGUCUUCCACCAAUUAAUUCCUGUCUUCGUAAAGCACAACCAGAUGGCUUAUACAACUUUACAAAUAGAAUCGACUUGCCGAUGAAAACUUUAUAUAUGAACCCAUUUCCAAGUCCUAUUGACAUCUAUGAUCAAACUCAUCAACCGAUUUUACUUAUGCUUAAGACAUCACAAAAGUACUUUGUACCUAGUCAGUCGCUGGUGUCUAAUGAAUCUACAAAACAGUGAAAUCCAACAAACUGCUAGGGUGAUCCAGACAUUUGCAGGAUUAAGUGUUUAGAAAAUAUAAAGCGACUCCACAGUGUAGAUAAGAGAAGUUGAAACGACGUUCCAGACGUCGAGGAAGAAUUGGGAGAGAGCGUCUCCUCCCAGUUUUUGUUAUAUUUUCUGAACCCUCUUCUUUCUUGUUACCUUCCCAUCUUUCAGAGCCUUAUGUAUAAUGUAAAUCAAGUCAGUAAUGUAUAUUAAAUUGAAAUGUAUUUUCAUAAAUUAACAAAUAACAGCUGCCAUGGCUACUUACUAACAUCUGUAUAAUUUCUUUACUAAAAACUCGAGCACGCCCUGGAUCCGCCCUAGAACGAUAAAAAAGGUGCAAUCUGUAUCAGUAGAAAUUAUUGUAUUGUAUUGUAUUGUAAAUUAUUUUAAAGUUGGUUUUAUAAAAUUAAUAUAUGUCUUAAGUGAAUAAUCUUCCUCAUACCAUGGAGGUAUAAAAUAGUUUAUACGCCAUGCUCAUGCUGUAUCGACUUCCAAAAGAUGUGAAGGUAUAGACAUCCAGAAAUAAAUGUAUUCAUUAUUUAUUUAGAAUUUAUUUUAUAUUCAUAAAUAAACUGCAGUAUUUGUUUUAAUUUUCUUUUGUGUUAUUUGAUUAAUAAAUGCUUGCUUGGUACAUAUAUUGUCA